AUGCUGAAUUCCGCCCUGCUCUCACUGUUUGGCCUUGUGCCCAGCGUCUUGAAUGUCGCUUUGGCACAGACGUUCACGCCCGCACCUGGAAACUUCCCUGCUAAAGGUGAUGGCGACUUCGCAGGCGGUAUCUUCUCGAUAUCCUUGUCCGAGCUACCCAAAUAUACCGGCGCUGGUGGAACCGGCCCUGAGUCCCCCAAAGGAAAUGGCGCGAAGACGUCUGGCUCGGGACCCUACCCAGCGCAAAUGUUGACCGACUCUACACUACCGAGACACACCAUCUUUGCACCCAAGACCCCUCCGACUGGCAACCUUAGCCUCCCUUUUAUCGCAUGGGGUAACGGCGGAUGCGGCCUCAAUGCCGGUAUCUACGAGCGGCUGUUGGUAGAAAUCGCCAGCUAUGGAUACGUUAUCGCUGCAGAUGGUACACCUGACGGCUCUGGAUUCCAAGCUGGUCAACAGUCCAAAGUACAAGACAUGCGCGAUUCUCUGGACUGGGCAUUCGCCGGCAAAGCGAAGAAAUACGGAAACGUCGACUUGACUAAAGUCACGACAGCGGGCCAUAGCUGUGGAGGUCUCGAGUCCAUGUCGACAGCGUAUCACGAUAACAGAGUCAAGAGAAUCAUGCUCUUCAACAUUGCCAUCUUCCAGGAUGACAGGAGGUACCUACUCAAAGAGCUCAAGGUGCCUAUGGUGUACUUGAUAGGAGGACCGAAAGACAUGGGGUACAAUACCUCGGCGAAGGAUUACGCUCUCCUGAACACGGGUACUCCCAAGUUGAGGGCCAACCUCGAUACUGGCCACGACGGCACCUUUGCAGCUACGAAUGGUGGAAAACAGGGCAAAGCGGCUGUCGCAUACCUGGAGUGGCAGUGGAGGGGCAAUGCGACUGCUCAGGCAUACCUACUUGAUGGCGGUUUGGAGAAGGAUAACUGGGUUGAAGAGCAUGCCAACUGGUCUUGA